GUUAGCGUCGGAAGGCGCGGAUCCUGCCGUGCGCUGUGUCACAGAUCGAUUGACCGUUGCAACACUAUUCGAAAUUUGAAUUUUGAAAUUCUAUGGAACGCAGUGAACAAACGAGCUCCUGAUUUGUGUGUUAUUAAUAGUGCUGUUUUAUUUGAGGAUUUCCUGGGAUACCAAUAUGAGGCAUCCCACGUGGAAGACACAUGCAGCCGCGUUGCUGGUGAUCGUCAGCUGUCUGCGCGGCGGCGGCGCGCAGUUCCAGCCCAUUCGCUCCUUCAUGCACUUCCUGAACGACGGCGUGAACCAGCUGGAGUCGGAGCCGCCCGACCAGCCCAACCUGCUCAAGGAGUACGACUUCAUCAUAGUCGGCGCGGGCACCGCCGGCUGCGUGCUCGCCAACAGACUGUCAGAAAUACCUGACUGGAAGGUGCUCCUCAUAGAGGCGGGACAGACUGAGAACUUCAUCAUGGACAUACCGCUGCUCGCCAACUACCUGCAGUUCACGUCCGCCAACUGGAAGUACAAAACUAAACCGUCCAAGAAAUACUGCGCUGGCUUCGAAAACCAACAGUGCAACUGGCCACGAGGCAAGGUCGUCGGCGGCUCCAGUGUGUUGAACUACAUGAUCUACACCAGGGGAGCUAAGCAAGACUACGACAACUGGAGUGCUCUGGGUAACGAAGGCUGGAGCUACGAUGAGGUCCUACCUUACUUCAAAAAGAUUGAAAACUUUAAUAUUCCGUCGUUCGAUAAUCCGAAAUAUCACGGCAAGGACGGGUAUUUAAGUAUCGAGCACGCUCCAUUCAGGUCAACAAAAAGUAAAGCCUGGGUUAAAGGUGCAAAACAAAUGGGCUUUACAUAUGGGGAUCAUAAUGGGCCGAAUCCUUCGGGAGUAUCAUUUCUACAACUAUCUAUGAGAAAUGGAACUCGGCACAGUUCAAGCAGAGCCUACUUACAUCCUAUCAAUAAACGAAACAAUCUACACUUGGCCAAAGGAAGUAUGGUCACGAAGCUCAUAAUGGAAGGAAAGAAGGUGAUUGGUGUUGAAAUGGAACGUUUAAAUCAAAAGUAUAAAAUUCUAGCCAAAAAGGAAGUAUUAGUUUCUGGCGGGGCCAUCAACUCUCCGCAGCUUCUAAUGCUCUCGGGUAUCGGACCGGAAGAGCACUUGAAAUCUUUAAACAUACCCGUCGUACAGGACUUAAAAGUCGGCUACAAUCUCAUGGACCACAUAGCCGCUGGAGGCCUUCACUUCAUAGUGGGCCAGAAUACCGAAACUAUCAGUGUACGAACUGAAUACAUCAUGAACCACUUGGAGAUAGUGUUCCAGUGGAUGCAGUCGCACAAGGGCCCGCUCUCUCUGGCCGGCGGCUGCGAGGCGCUCGUGUUCCUCGACCUGCAGGACAAGUUCAACACCACCGCCUGGCCAGACAUGGAGCUACUGUUCAUUACGGGCGGGCUCAACAACGACCCGGCAUUACCUCGCAAUUUUGGUUUCGACGAACAGAUAUUCAGCGAGACUUUCAGUUCGUUAGGCAAGAACGAGGCAUUCAUGAUAUUCCCGAUGUUGAUGCGACCAAAAUCGACAGGUCGAGUUUCAUUGAAGAGCAGAAACCCUUACGUGCACCCGACAAUCAUUCCCAACUACUUCGAAUACCCGGAAGACUUGCAGAAGAUAGUCGAAGGGAUGAAGGUGGCGAUAGAGAUCGCGCGGCAGCCCGCGAUGAAGAAGAUCGGGGCGCGGCUGUACGACGUGCCGAUAGAGGAGUGUCUGAAGCACGGGCCGUUCGGCAGCGACGCGUACUUCGCGUGCCAGGCGCAGAUGUUCACGUUCACGAUCUACCACCAGAGCGGCACGUGCAAGAUGGGUCCUGCCGGGGACCCGGCGGCGGUGGUGGACCCGCGACUGCGCGUGCGCGGCGUGGCCGGCCUGCGCGUGGUGGACGCCAGCGUCAUCCCCGUCAUCCCCUCCAGCCACACCAACUCCCCCGUCUACAUGAUCGCGGAGAAGGCCGCCGACAUGAUCAAACAAGACUGGCACUUACUAUAGUAACGCAUAGCAAUAUUAUAAUAGCUAAAAUUCUGUGAUGCUAAUAUUUAAUUUAAUAAAUUAUGUACUUUUAGGUUAUUGUGAGAAUGUACUGAAUACGUGGGAUAAGUAUAGUUAGGAAGACUUAGGGCGUGUUUCAGAAUGUAUGGUUAGUGGCUACCUGUGGAAUAAAAUACAUGCUGUUACUGUCAAAAAAAUAAUAACAGACAGUACCUAACAAUAACUAACCAGACAUUGUGAAACAGGGCCUUAAAUUUUUUAUGUUACAGAUAGCAUAGAUCCGCAUAGGUGUCAUGGUAAUACGAUAAAGUCUGUCGAGUUGGCUUUCGAAUUGUAUCUUUAAAUCGGGAAUUACGAGUAUUUUAACCGCAAUAAAAGAAUAUGUCGUUUGAUACUUUAUUGCCAAAGGUAGAGUUUACCUCUAGUCACCGCGUGUACUGGCUAGACAGACUUUAUUACUAUUAGUUGAUAUGUGUGUUUUAAAUCAUUGCAAUAUAAUUUAGGUAAAUACAUCGUUGUAAAUUUAUGUUUGAUGCAAUAAGCAUUUUGUUCUCAAUCUUCAUGGUUAACUUUGAUGUUUCUUUGCAACACAAUCCCCAGUGAAAUAAAACAUGUUAAUUUUAAUUUAAUGAAAAAAUCAGGAACCCUACAUUACUAAUUCGGACACUAUUGCCCAUACAGAGUUUUACAUUGACAACAAUACAAUGUAGUUGAUGUAACAUAGGUAUUGUUGCACUUACAUUGUAAUCUACAUAAUUAUAUUGUCCGUUUUGUGAUUACGAAGUUCACUUUUUCGGCUGUGGCACCUUACUCUACGGCUUGAGAAAUAGAUGAUUUGAUUCUUUUUAGUUUUCAUAAGUAAUUUCACAUAGUGUUUUUCCUUUUCCUAGUGUAUUGAUAGACUUACUUUUCCCUACAAUGGUUUCAAGCCUGAUAGAGAUUGUUUGCUCAAAUUUAAACGACAAUUAUGAAUGCAUGGUGGGUCUUUAAUAUAUUUUACUACAGUAUUCUUCAAUGUGUUUGCCAUAUUACCAUACACCAUACACAGUUUUGCUGUUGGAAAAAUAAUUAUAAGAAUUCCAAUAGGUCCUUGUGAUUAUGUUACAGUAUAAAUUUAUAGUACAUAUUUAGUGUGGUAUGAAAGAUAAUGUUCUUAAUUUGUUAAUAAGUUUGAUUGUACGUGUUGUAGCUAAGUUUUCUGAGUACAAAUUAUAAAAGCUAGGUAAUGGAAUUCAAAAUAAUAAUUACUUAUAUGGCUAUUUACAUUUAUGAACUGAAGUUAUAAUAAUGAACUGUACUGAAUAAAAAAGUGUGAAUCGGA